AUGAGCUUGAAAAUUGGAACCAUUUUAUCAUCACUAUAUGAAUCAAUUGCUAUUUCUGAAGCGCCAUUUUGUUCAAGAAUCGCCUUACAAUAUUUAUUCGACAUAAGAGUGUUAUAUUUAAUGCUAUCAUGCGAUUCUUUGCGAAUUUUGUUACCUUCAUUCGAAAAGAAGCUCGAUCCCUUUGAUUUCAGCCUUUUAUCGUCUCCUGUCAUGCGGAAUGCUCGUAUUGCAGCCCAGCGUUAUUCGGUUUUAUUCGGAUAUAUUUUAUCAGAUUUUGUGCCCAAUAAAGAAUUAUCUCUCAGUCCAUCUUAUUCUGCUGUAGUCGAUAUUUCACCGCGUAUUAUGGAUAUUGCACGCUUUUCUUUACUUCCUCGGCUUUCCAAAACCUCUAAAAAUUUAUCAUUUAAAAUGGAAUGUCUCGAUUCAUCAUCAUCGUUGAAUCGAAAGAACGAAAUUGGCAAUUCACCUAGCGUUCGUAAUUCAUCUUCAUUAUCUUCAUUUUACAAAAUACCGAGCUGGUUCGGCAGUUAA